UUACCGCGGAAGCAUCUCAAAAGCUACUCUACCACUCUGUGUCUGCAUGCAGCUAACUAUCGACAACGUGCCGCAAUGGAUGUUCCGAGAUCUGUUCGUUUCAGGAGCUCUUCGCAAGAUUCAAGGCGUGGUCCGAGGCGGACGUCCGACUCCGAGGAACAGACGCCUCCGUGUGUCCCAAAGCACGCCCCUACUGCAUCCCCGUCAAAAAAGAAUAGGCCCAAGAAUUUGAAGGUGGCUUUCGAGAGUGUCGAUAUCGACACCAGACUGAGCACCUUUCAUUCCGAAAACGGGAGUGCUCGCUUCAGGACGCCGCCGUCCAGAGGGCAUCGACUGGAGGACUUCAGCCAAGUGGCCACAGGUCGCAGACGAGGAGUCGCGUCGGCCGAGCCUUCUCCGCGGCCCAGCCGACGAACAUCGGUCUCUUCGGCGGCCAGCGACGACGGCUGCUACCGGCGCAUGGGAGACGUCGUGUCGCGGCGCACCUUUCCCACCGUUGAGCCCCUGGUCGGCGACGCCGUGUACGCCAAUGUUCCGCUUCUGAUGCGGGCAGAAGAGCCUGCAGUCCCCGCUCAGGAGUCACCCGCUGACUCUUCCAGGGAGUCGGUCGGCUCGGCGCCAGUCUAUGGCCAUCGAGGAUCUGCAGCCCCAUUGAUUCCGUCAAAGAAGGACGCUUCCAGGUUGAAGUCGCAGAACGACAAUGCUGAAACGGAGUCGGGAAUUUCAGACAAGUCUACGAAAGUAUCCAAACCAAAGCCCUUUGAUUUCCUGCCGUGGUGCCUGUGCUCCAAAGGGAGCAGCGGACGCUCGAGCCUGCCGUACGGAAAGCCGCGUCAGCGACCGCGGCUGCCAGCCGUCACCGAGGAGGCCUCGCGGCGCAACUCGACAGACAUUGGCACGCCCGAGGGCGAGCUUGGAUUUCUUCAGCACCUGUGCCUAUGUGCCGUGUGCCGCGCACAGAUGCACUCCUGUCAGCUUCUGGCACAGCUCGUGAGAGAAGCCCAAGGGGCUGCCGGCCCUCUCGCAGCGAUCCAGUCGCCUCUGGGAUUCGGCAUUUACCGGGACCGCAGGCCAGCGCGGCUGACCGAGCCGGCACCAGCGUUGGACAGCCUUCCGUCCGAUGAGCCGCACGACUCGUUCGAGAGCGCGAUACGCGACGAGUACAACUUUCUGCGGGAGCCCGAGUCCGAGGACUCCACCUUCUACGACGACGACGUCUACCCCGUCCAUCUACCCGAGAAAGCUUGCUUCAAGGAAGACUACGGUAGCGGCGGCGGCAGCGGAGAGGAGGCGUUCCGGCAUCCGCCCUGGUCGGGCCCAGUCGGAGGGCGCUCGGCGUCGACUGCGGCCGAGUCUGCAUCCAGCGCGAAGAGGAGCGCCAGUCCGGCCGAGCACCGCCGUAGGGGAGCCAUGGGUAACGUCUUCUCCUGCUUCCACGGCUCGUUCUCGCCCAGCGAGGCCGAGACCGAGCCCAAGCUGCUCCCAGUCGCACCCAGGCCACCGGCUGAUGGCAAGGGUGACAGCAUUUUGCAGGUGCGAGAUGUGGACCUACGCGUGGCGGAGAAUGCUCAGCAGCACCGAACCGAUGAAUUCGAGCUGACCAAGGGGAUCAACCCGGUGCUGGUGGUGCGGCGGGGGGAUCCCUUCAAGCUGACUCUAGAUUUGAGCCGACACUUCAAUCCGGACAGGGACACCCUGGCCUUCGUCUUCACUGUUAGGGGUGAAGAGGCCCCGUCCUACACCAAAAACACCGUUGCUGUGGUGCCUGUCGGCUACGGGUCGUCCACUGAAUACUUCGGGGGUGUGUCUUCCUGGACGGCUUUCGUCAAGAGUGCUCGGGAGGACGUCAUCGAGGUAGAGAUUACACCACCUGCCAAUGUCAUAGUCGGAGAUUGGAUCAUGGACAUUGACACUAAGAACCGCUCCGAGAACGACAACACCGGAUUCCGAUACACGCACAAGAACCCAAUCUACAUUCUCUUCAACCCUUGGAACAGGGCGGACACCGUGUACAUGGACAAUACCAAGCUGCGGUAUGAGUGCGUUCUAAUGGAGAGUGGCCUUAUCUGGCGAGGAAGCCACAGCAGGCUUAGGCCUACCGUGUGGAGCUACGGCCAGUUCGAGAAGAAUGUGCUCGAGUGCUGCGUCUACCUGCUGCGGCACGUGGGACGACUGCCGUCUCCGGCGUGUGCAGAUCCAGUCAAAGUUGCAAGGCACGUCUCUGCGGUGGUCAACGCCCCGAACGAUGACGGUGUCAUUGUGGGCAACUGGACGGAAAAAUUUAGCAGUGGUACAGCGCCAACAGGAUGGACAGGGAGUGCUUCAAUAUUGCAGCAGUUUUACAAAAACAAAAAGCCUGUGAAGUACGGCCAGUGCUGGGUCUUCGCAGGUGUAGCAACCACAGUGCUUCGGGCAUUGGGCAUACCGUCUCGGCCGGUGACCAACUACUACUCGGCCCACGACACGCACAGCAGCUUGACUGUGGACCAGUUCUACGACGACAAUGGGGAGGCCAUUGAAAAGCUGAACAAGGACUCUAUCUGGAACUUCCACGUGUGGAACGAAGCGUGGAUGACGCGGCCUGACCUGGAACCCGGAGACUACUCCGGCUGGCAGGCCAUCGACGCCACACCGCAGGAAGCCUCAGACGGUGUCUACAGAUGUGGACCAGCUAGCGUCAAGGCGAUCAAGCGGGCCGAGAUUCUGAAGCCCUACGACGGUACGUUCAUCUUCGCGGAGGUGAACGCAGACCAGAUCUACUGGCGUUACCAGGGCCCCAUGCAGCCACUCAAGCUCAUUCGCAAGGCCACUGACAAGAUUGGACAGUGCAUUAGCACGAAAGCCGCUGGUAAAUUUGAACGCGAAGACAUCACAGAUUCCUACAAGCACCCCGAACACACGCAAGAGGAGCGCAACGCGAUGCUGAAGGCCCUGCGAAAGUGCAACCACGCCUACUCGCGCUACUAUCUCAACGAUGAACUGGAAGACGUCUCCUUCGACUUCGAGCUUCUGGACGACAUCGUUAUUGGCUCUCCGUUUACGGUGAAACUGAGCGCCAGGAACAAGAACCCGACCAAAGAGUACAAGGCACACGUCGUCAUGCGUGUCGAGAGCACCCACUACACGGGAAACAAGAGGAAGCUGGUCAAGAGCAAUCAAUUCGAUGUUGACAUCAAACCAAACUCAAGGCAGGAAGUGUCCAUGGAGGUGACGUACGCGGACUACGAGAAGUUGCUGCUGGACCAAGCCAUGUUCAACAUUGCCACGUUGGCCACCAUCAAGGAGACAAAGUUUGACUACUUUGCGCAGGACGACUUCAGGGUGCGCAUGCCAGACGUCAAAAUUGAGACCGAUGGCGAUGCGAUGGUAAAGAGACCACUGAAUGUCAGAGCCUGGUUCAUUAACCCACUUCCAAAGUCGCUGAACAAAGGAUUGUUCGUCAUCGAGGGACCGGGGCUUUCGGAACCGCUGAGGCUGGCCGUCAAGCAGAAAAUUCCCCCAGGCGAGGAAGUGAGGGUCAAUUUCCAUCUGACUCCUAAAACCGCUGGACCCAAAGCCAUCAUUGCCAAAUUCAGCUCAAAGGAGCUGAGUGACGUGGACGGUUUCAAGGCCAUUGAUAUUAAGGGAGCGUCUUUCUUCGAUGCCGCCAGCCCUACGCCCCUAGCCGCCACUGCUUGACGACCACAAGUGCCCACCAAAAUAUUC